AUGAGCGGUGUCGGCGUGGCGAGGGCGGCCGGCGGCGUCGGGGCAGGGGGAGGGGACGAUGACUACGAGUGCAGGGCGUGCUACGGCGUGUCCGUCGCCUGCGUGUCGCUGCUCCUGUUCUGCGUCCUCGCGGCGUCCGUCAGCGUCACCAAGGCCUGCGCCGUGGCGGGGCUCGUCGUGCUGCUGUUCGGCGUGAUGGGGUGGUUCGUGCCACUGUGCGGCGCGGGGAGGCCGCCACGCGCCGCUGGCCCGGUCGGCGACGCGGCGCGGGCGCGGGCGUCCCGGUGCGCCGCGUGCCGGCUCGUCGGCGCGGCGCUGAUCGCCACGCUGCCGGCGUUCGUGUACGAGGGCCACGCGGACGGCGGCGGCGGCGGCGGCGGCGGCGGGAGCAAGCACGGCGGGAGCGUCCUGUGCGCGGUGUGCCUGGAGGACGUGCAGCGCGGCGAGACGGCGCGGCGGCUGCCGGCGUGCGGCCACCUGUUCCACAGGGACUGCGUCGACAUGUGGCUGCACUCGCACACCACCUGCCCGCUCUGCCGCUGCGAGGUCUUGCCGCGACGGCCUGCGACGAAACCCACGGCGGCGGCGGCGGAGUCGACGUCGGCCGACGCAGAUGCCGAUGCGCUGCCGCCGGUGUAG